AUGAUGGCGCGACGCUAUCACACGGUGCUCACUUCAGCUCCCGAUGUGGUCGAAAUCCUGGGCAAGGAGAAGUUCGCCCUUGUCUAUCUCAAUGGCGCUGUCGUCGCGUCGUUGGCUAGUGCGGCCUGGCAACGCCGAAGAGGCACCUCCCUUCCUAGUCUGGGUGCCAGUGGAGCGCUCAUGGCAGUGCUGUGGGUGUUCGUGUCCGCAUUCCCUGACAGCGAGCUAGCUCUCAUCUUCCUGCCAUUUGUGCCUUUCAAGGCAAUCAACAUGGCGUUCGCAAUUGCGGCCUUUGACGUGAUGGGCGCGUUGCGAGGGUGGAAAGCGCUGGAUCACGCGGCACACCUUGGUGGAGCCGUAGUUGGCGCUGCUUAUUUCUAUGGCCUGCGCGCGAUGGAUGCUCUUGAGAAGUGGGACAACUAUGGCAGCACGAUUCUCCCCGGCGGUCACAUUUACGAGGGCCAGUUCAGGGGAGGCAAGAUGCAUGGCAAAGGCAAGGUCACGUUUGCCAAACAGGGAAGUCGUUCGGUCGUUUACAUGGGAGAAUUUAGGAAUGGACAAUUCGAUGGCUAUGGUGUCUUGGCGGACGAGCGUUCAGUGAUCUACGAUGGCCACUUCAAGCAUGGUAAAUUCCACGGCAAGGGUCUGCUCCAUGCCAACGAUGGGUCGGUCUACCGAGGCGAUUGGGUUGCGGGCAAGCGAGAAGGGCAGGGCGUGUGCUGGCUGGAGGGCAAAGAGGACGGGCUUAUUUACAAGGGCCACUACAAGAACGAUCGCUACUUCGGUUCGGGCAUCCUGCAGCGUGGACCCAACAUCAUAUUCGUUGGCGAGUUUGAGGACAAUGGAGACGGACGCUGGCGAGCUACCGGGACGCUGUACCCGCCAGGUGGACAGAGGCCGACCAAAGUGGUGUGGCUCGAGAACGAGAGUCCUGUUGAAGCCGCGUGA